AUGGCGAUGAGGAAGCUUUUAUCGAAGCGUUUCUUCAACAUCUCAAAUGUAGCGUCACAGAGUCUUAUGAAUUGUCGUAUAUCGUCUUCUUCGUUAGCCGUACGAACCAGAGUUCCUAAAGAAUCUGGAGAGACGAAAAUCGCUCCUGAGCCUGGAGAUUUGAGGAUUUCGCGGAGGUUUUUGCAUAAUAGCGCAAUGAUUCGGCCGGAGAUUAUGCAGAUGCCGGUUGGUGAGAGUCUGAUUGAAAAGCUCCGUCAAAUCGAUGGGAGUAAGGACCGGAUUCGAUUAGACGGACUUGCUCCGCCGAUUGCGAUUUCUGAGGUGGAGACGGAGAAGCCGAGUUUGACGGUGGAGGAUACGAAGAAACUGCUUAGAGCGGCGCAGAUCGAAGUGGUGAAAACGAAGCUUAGAGAAACGGAGAGAAGCUGGAUGUCGUAUGCAGAGUUCGUAAGCGUUUGUGGUGAAGCUUCUUCAGAUCCAGAUCAAGGAUCUCGAAUCGCGAAGAUGCUUGAUGAUUCAGCAAACGUCAUCGUUUUGGGAGAUUCCGUUUGUCUUAGACCAGAUCAGGUUACAAGAUCCAUUGAAAGACUGCUUCCUUUGCCAAAGAUCCGUAACCCAAACGACCCACGAAGGAUCGAGUUAAAAGAGCUCGAAGCAGAAAAGGCAGUGAUCGAUGUGAAAGCGCAUUCUUUGGUGCGGAAAGAGCUUUGGGCUGGUCUCGGUUACUUGAUCCUACAGACCGCUGGGUUCAUGAGGCUUACGUUCUGGGAACUCUCAUGGGACGUAAUGGAACCAAUCUGCUUCUAUGUUACCUCCAUAUACUUUAUGGCAGGGUAUGCCUUUUUCCUCAGGACAUCGAAAGAACCAUCCUUUGAAGGGUUUUACCAAAGUAGGUUCGAGGCUAAGCAGAGGAAACUUAUGAACCUUAAUGAGUUUGAUUUCCAGAGGUAUGAUGAACUGAAGAAGCUGUUUUGCCCUAAGCCUUCAGAUCGUGUUUCCAAGAUUCUUGGAGCUAUCAAGAAUUAA